AUGGCUAGACAUGAUGUGGACCUGGAACGGCACCCUGGCUACAAACACGCGGAUCCAUUCGAUGCUGGCUAUUUGCCAGUGACUUAUAUUUAUAAACUACAUUACGAGCAAUAUGGAAACACAGAGGGAAAGCCAGUGAUAUUUCUUCAUGGCGGCCCUGGAGGACGCACCACAAAGGAAAACACGCAGUAUUUCGAUCCAGCCAUCUAUCGUGUAGUACUGCUCGAUCAAAGGGGCGCUGACAAAUCCCAACCGUGUGCCGAACUUCGGGAGAAUAACUCCCAUCUUCUUGUCGAUGACAUUGAGAGGCCCCGUGAGCACAUUGGUAUUCGGAAAUGGGGUAUAUAG